UGACAGUUGCGUUGGCAUCUGUCAAUAUUUACCGAACUGCGCGUGCGUGAGGUCAUCUUAACUCUCGUGAUACGAGACAAAAACAAAUGUCACCGGAAUUCAGACCCCCACGGAAUUUGGGCCUUCGAGGAUAAUUUAAGUGCCAUGACUUGCUAACAUCCAGUAUGAGUUGGUUUAAUAAGAUACGAAAUGACUCACGCGCCUCUUCCGACACUGCCAGUGACAGAAGCUUUGAAAGGCGCACACGUCGAGACACAGACCCUGGCACUUGCUUUGAAGUGUUCCAAAACCAUUGGGAUCAGGCGUAUAGAAUUAUUAAGCGAGAUGUGGAACAGAAUACAAAAUCCACUGAUGAUGAAAUGAAGACUGUGAGUCAUAAUUUUGAGCAGAUGGUAACACUGCUGGCCGAUGAAGACGGCGAGGAAGGUCAGGGUAUGCCUGGUCCCAUACUGCACUAUCUUCUGGAGCAUGAGAUCCUUGAGAAGUUUUGCGGCUGGUGUCAUCGCUACCGCAAAUACAGGGAGAGUACAGCAAGCGAGGAGCUACGCAUGUUUGAAACGUUGAUAAGCCAGUCUCACCAGUUGUUGCUUAUACAUAAGCCUGUGAUCCGACCCUUGCUAAAUCUUCUGGCGUAUUGCUCAGAUGAGUCCACGGAUUCCCCUGAAAUUGAGAGCAACCUUGUGCUUGUUUUACAUCAACUCUGUGUCAGCAUUUCAAAAGAGGCAGUGAUUCUGGAGAGCUUCUUCAACAUGAAUGCUGAUCAUGGACCAACCAAGUUCCUAAUAUUUUCAUUGUUGAUACCCUACAUUCACAAACACGGCAAAGUGGGACAACAAGCUAGAGAUGCUCUUCUACUCAUCAUGACAUUGUCUGCAAAACACCCCUACAUUGGUCAUUAUAUUGCAGAUAACUCAGACUUUUGCCCAGUCUUAGCCACGGGUUUGAGUGGGCUCUACUCAGCCUUGCCACGCAAGAUUGCUAUCCCAAAUGACGACUGGUGUCAGAUCUCAGAUGAUGAUGUCUAUCACAUACCAGAGAUGGCCAUGUUCAUGAACUCUCUGGAGUUCUGUAAUGCUGUAGCACAGAUAGCCCACCCUCUAGUACGAGACCAGCUCAUCAAGUUCAUAUACAACGGUUUCUUGCUGCCCGUUCUGGGACCUGCCUUACACCAGGAAGCGAAAAGAGAGGAUAUAUCAGGGCUUCCCACCCCUCUCCUUGAUUCGCCUAUGUUUUCGAACUCUCGUGAGGAGGUGAUUACUGCAACCGCCUAUCUUGACCUGUUCCUGAGGAAGAUAUCGGAGCCAUGUCUUGUUAAGGCCUUCCUGAUGUUCAUAUUCAAGGAGAAGAAUGACGAAAUUGUCAUCUUGGACUCACUCAUCACUAGAAUAAACAGCAGCUCCAAGCUGUCUUUGGUGUCUCUUUCCUUGUUCCACACACUGGUGGACCUGAACUGUGAAGAUGUCAUGUUUGAUUUGGUAUUCAAGUACCUGAUACCGUGUACCCAUGUGAUGGUGUCACAGCGGAGGGCCGUGAAAGACCAGGACAUUUACUGUAAAUCUGCAGAGAAAUUUCUGUCCCUGCGACCUACAUGCUGUCUGCCAGAGAUUGAAAGCCCCAAACAUGGAUUGAAAACUGCCACAGUAUUUAGUGCUGGUGUGGUUCCCACGGUAACAUCUAACAACUCUCUUAGAUCAAGAACUAGAAAACUGUUCCAAACUAAAAAGAACAGGGCACUAACACAAAGCAUGAACAGCGAACCCAAUGCAGAUGAAAUUACUACUGCCUUCCCACCUGGAUCCUAUGGUAGCAAGUUGGAGGAUUUUGAAACAAAUUAUUUGGAAUACCUUACUGAUGCAAAUGUACGACUACAAAAAUGUGCCCAGGCCUGUUCAGUAUGGCAGUAUCCAUAUGAUGGGAACCAGCCUCCAGCAAAUUGUUUUGAUUUAGACUCUGAAACUGGGAACCAGUCAAAUGUAGGGGCUAAUUCAUUUACUGAUUUUAUGUCAUUGUCAACUCUAGAUGGGAAUUGUAAUGAUGUCAAAGGUGAUAUUGUUUACAUACCAAACACUGAUGCGGAUGUUUAUAAAGGUAGACUCAAUGAUGAUAUUGUUGAUUGUCAGAAAACCUCAAAGGGCAAUAACUGUGAUAUUAGUAAUUUUAGCCUAGUGGAUAGUGCAAUAGUGAAACCAGAUAUUUUAGAGGAUGAUAUUAGUGGAUUCUAUGGGAGCGCAAGUAAAAGAGGCAGAUAUGCUUCAGAAGAGGAAUUUAUUACAAUGUUAGAAGAAACUGACACCCCUACUGAUGUGUCUGCUGAUGUUGAAGAAAGUUUGCAGAAUUUAGAAUCCGUGCUUUCUAAUGUUUCUCAAGCGAUGAUUUCCUGUACCUCCACCCCGAAGCAUGAUAGGAAUUUGGAUUCACUUGCUGUAGAAAAUGAUAUCAGCACUGUUUAUUUUGACUGUGAAUCUUCACAGGGCGAGGAAAGCUUAGUGUUUAAAUCAAUAGAAGAAACUACAUAUGAAGUGAUUGACGAUCCUACAAGAAACAAAACCAAAAAUGCAACAGAGUUUGAGGUAUUGGACUCGCACGUGGAGGAAGAAAGUGCAAGAAACGGCAACAAGCAACCAGUGAACAAGACGGGCAACAUCACUUCAUAUGUUGACAUCAGUAGUAAUGUCCUUGAAACUGCAAAGGAUUCUGACAUACCAGAGUUUAGAGAUAGACUUAACACAGAAGCAGAAAGUCUUGCCAUAUGCGUUAAUCAUUUCGCAGAAGUAUCAAAAUUGUCUCAACCUCUCAGUGGAAUUUUGGUUACCAAGGCUACUGAGGAUGAAAAGGGUGAAGGUCAGCAAGGGGGCAAGGGAGACAAAUCUGUACGGUUUGCAGAAAGCACUCAAGUUCUGCCAGCAAAAUCUCUGUUUGCUGUAGGGAUGAGUUCAUCUUUCAAGAAAUCAGGAACACCAAACAUUGGCCCGUUCCUGGUGGCAUUGCUACUGAAGCUGGAGGGUAUGAUGCAGAACUCGCUGCCCGUGAACCUGAUGUUGACUGGCCUUGUCUCCAGACUGGCUGUGUACAGCCAGCCCCUGCUGAGGUCCUUCCUCCUCAACCACAAUCUUGUCUUCCAGCCCACUGUCAAGUCACUUGUGCAGGUGUUGACAGGUGUGAGGCAGCGUGUUGACCACUUCUCAUACUCCAUACAGAACUUUGAGACGCUCCUCCUCCGUGCCAGACGCACGCUGGCCCAAAGGGAGGGGAAACUGCCACAGAGGGAGCACUCAAUGUCUCCCAGCCCUGAAAUGAACACCAAACUGCGCGCUGCUACAAUUUCUGAUGUUCCCUCAAAAGAAAAAAGGCACAGGACUCUAACUGAAAUGCUGUUCAGAAGAAAUUCAAAGGACAAGAAGACAGAACAAAAUAUGAGUACAAAAGGGACAAAAAUAGAAAUCCUAUCUGGUAACAAAGGUAUCAGGUAUAUGAACAAAAGACCGGAAGAUAGACCCUUCAACCCAGCAGAAUCCUCUAAAACUCGUAAUGCAGUCUAUUGCGCUAUCGUCCUAGAAGAAUUUGUGAAAGAGCUGGCUGCACUUACUCAAGAACAUUCAAUUUUACUGGUGGAUGGUGAAGAUUUAUAGACCCAAAUCAAUGGGUAUGCAUAUGUUAGGGCUUGUCUCUUUAAAGGGUUCCUGUCUAUAAAAACCAUUCUUACUGCUAAUCUUUUGUAUGUGAGUUUAUUUAGAAAUAAGGGCAUUACUUAUUUACUACAUUCUGUAACAAAUGAAAACAAAUGCUUUCAAAAUGUAGUGAAAAAAAAACUCAUAAUCUGUGUUGUUAUUACUUGUGAAAUAUGAUUCUAUAAUAAGAGCCCCUCUGAUGUCGAACAUGAAAAGGGCCAAACAACCAUGACUUAUAUAAGCAUGUACUUUUGGUUCACAGUAUGUUAAAAAGUUUUACCUUCAUAAUAUGCUAUUAUUAUCAUUUUAAAUUUUAGACUUGUAGUGCAGUUGUGCUUGAGGGGCUUUUUAAAAAAACUAAUGGUAUUUGAGUAUUUCUAAGCUAAAGUAUUUGUUAGAAAUGCUUCAGUAAUGUUUUAACCCUUUCAGUGCGGGAACCGAAUUUUGAAGGCCUUUGCAAACAGUUUGGAUCCAGAUGAGACGCCACAAAAUGUGGCGUCUCAUCAGGAUCCAAACUGUUUGCUAUUCUGAUAGUAUUCUUUGAAAAAAAUCGAAGAAAAUGCUAAUUUAAAAAAUUCAGCAGACGACAUUUUAGUAGAAGACAAAUUUCCCUGCAUUCAAAGGGUAAAGAUGCAAUGCUUUUGGUGCAAUAGUUCAUGCAGCAGAAUCAUUUAAUUGGCUCAUAUAUGUAGGAUCUCACAAGACAUGUAACUUAGUACAAUAUUUUAUUAAACAAGUUCUGGACGUUUGCAUGUAGGCGAGAUUUUAUUGAGCUUAAUAACACAUUACCCGGACAAUUGUUAGUAAAUAUAGUAUAUAUGUGAAUGCUCGUCAGAUCAUUUUAUUAAAAAGUUUAAACCUAAAAGUGGAUUAAUGACCUGACAUUUUUAAUGUCAUAUAGCAAAAAAGGCAAGAGGUAGGUAAGGAAAAGCAAAAGAAGCCAAUCAUAUUGCUCAAAUUUAAAGCUUAAACAUUUUUCAGAUAAUAAUAUUGAUAUUACAAGCAAGACAGUGUGUUGCUUGUGAUACAAAAAAUUGAGACUGUUUACGUUGUAUUCAUUUCCAAUUGUUUUGAUAUGAAAAAGGUCAUCACCAUAUUAUAUGGACACUUGCUAAUUUCAGUUGAUAAUUAUCAUCAUAGCAUCAUUAGGUUCAUUUGUGAAGCUCACCUGAGCAAGAAGUACUCGAGGUGAGUUAUUGUGAUAAGGUUAUGUCUGUUGUCCGUCAUUGUGCUGUGUUCCUCUUUGAACUUCAAUUUGUAGCUCAUAGCUGCUUCAGAGGCAACAGUUUUGCCUCAAUCUGGAUGAAAAUUGGUCAGAAUGCUUAUCUUGAUAAUUUCCUGGAAAAUUUCAAAUCAGGUCAAGUGGGGUCAAAAAUCUAGGUCAUUGGGUGAAUUCUGAGAUAAAAUGUUACGACUACAUGUAUAGAAGCGACAUUUAUAACUAAAUCUUGAUGAUAUUGGUUCAGACGGUGCAUCAUGACAAUAUCUAGGUUAAGUUCAAAUCUGGGUAAAAUGGACCAAAAACUCGGUUUCGAGCCAUAUCUCAGAAAAAUCUUAUUCCCUUCUAGAUACAACAUUUUUGACUUGAUAUUGAUGCAAGUUGGUAAGAAUGUUUAUAUUGACAAUAUCUAGACUCAAUGCUUAUCAGGGUAAGAUGGGAUCAAACACUAGUUCACCAGGUCAAAUCUUGGUCAGUAUGUCUAAAUAGACAAUAUUCAGGCCAUUUAAGUCAAGAGUAUUUAAAAACAAGCUCGUAGAAUAAAAAAAAUUGUAUAUCUUAUUUAAACAUGGUAACCAUUCUUGAAACCAAAUACUGACUCAGUUUUAAUGCAACUUAGCUAUCUAAACGAUAUUUAGUGGAAGAAGAGCUCUGGGUAAAAAAAUCAAGAUAAUCAGGCCAACUCUUAAGAAAAAAUUAUUUUAGUAACCAGUCCAAAAGCCACAUAUUGAUAAUUUAUAAAUUAAUCUUGAUAUUUAACAAGAUCAGAAUGUUUAUUUUGACAAUAUCAAUGCCAACUUCAAAUGUGGGUUAGGAUGGUUAAAAAACUAAGUUAUCGGGUAAAAUCUUAGAAAUAAUACAACUUAAAAUGCCUCAUUUGUGACCAUAUUAAUAUAAAAAUUAGCUUGAAUGUUAAAUAAAUAUCGGCCUAGUUUAUAUCGGGGUCAUAUGUGAAGUAAAAACUUGGUCUCGUGGUCAAAUAUUCGAACAUUGUUAAACUCAGGUGAGCGCUUCAAGACCAUAAUGGUCCCCUUAUUUUGAAUUUGCUUGAUAUUGUUGCAUUAAUCAUGAUACGAUUUGUGUUAAACAUUUUAACACGUGUAUGAAUGUUUGUUCAUUUUAUAGAUUACUUUAGUUGUGAAAAAUUUAUUUUUAAAGCUUUUAAUUUAAUAACCAUCUUUAUGUGUCAGUAUUUUAUUAUUGAAGCAAGAUAUUGUAGUUAAGUAAGAUUUAAAUUUGUAGAUUUUAUUUCUUUAUUUUCUUGUAUGAAACAGAUAUUUAAUAUGUAUAUUAUUUAUAUAGAUAUAGAUAUUAAGUUUUUUAGUGUACUUUAGUCCUUAGUAGAAGAUACAACCUUGAAUUGUUUUUGUAUUUUAUUUAUUUUCAGGUGCUUAAUAUUCAGCAUGUAAGAUUGCGUAUGCAGAAGUUUGUAAAACUUUCUUCCAUUUUUACAUAUUAAUUGAAUCCACACAAUAUGACCUUGUCAAUCAGUAAGAGUAAAACCAAUCUUUGAUACAAUGCGCUGCUAUGAAUUUACUUGCAGCAUUUAUAUAGACUUGCAACCAACCAUGCCUGAUGGUCUUUAUUAUCCCACGCCAUAGGCGGAGGGAUAUUGUUUUGGCGUUGUCAGUCCGUCUUUCCGUCUGUCCGUCCGGAGCCAUAUCUUGGAAGUGCUUUGGCGGAUUUCAUUGAAACUUGGUAUGAGUAUAUAUAUAUGAAUAUAAGGAUGAUGCACGCCAAAUGGCAUUGCACACCAUCUGAUAAUAACAGAGUUAUGGCCCUUUGUAUCUUGCAAAAAUGCUUUUUUUAGUGUCAAAUAUAACACUUUUGUGUCCAGAAGCAUAUUGGCGGGGGAUAUCAAUUCAACGAAUUUGCUUGUUGAAUCUGUUUUUAGCUCACCUGAGCACAAUUGGCUCAUGUUGAGCAAUUGUGAUUGCCUUUUGUCUGUCUUCCAAUUUCGUGGAAAGUUAACUUUUGCCUCAUUAACACUCUAGAAGCCACAUUAAUUGUCUGAUCUUCAUCAACUUUGUCAGAAGAUUUGUCCUGUGUGAUAUCAUAGAUCUGUUUGAAAAUGGUUCUGGUUGGUAGAAAAACAUGGCCGCCAGGGGGCGGGGUAUUUUUCCUUAAAUGGCUAUAGUAAAACCUUGUAAACACUCUAUAGUUCACAUUUAUUGUCCGAUCUUCAUGAACCCAAUAAUACCUUGAAUGAGUUUGAAAAUGGUUUUUUUGGUGAAAAAAUCAAAAACAUGAAUUAUUUCCCUAUAUGGCUAUCGUAAAACCGUGUUAACACUCUAGAGGCCACGUUUAUUGUCCAAUCCUCAUGAAACUUUGUCAGAAUAUUUGUCUCAAUGAUAUCUUGGAUUUGUUCUAAAAUUGUUCGGGUUGGUGGAAAAAAAUUGCUACCAGGUGGCGGGGCAUUUUUCCUUUUAUGGCUAUAGUAAAACCUUGUUAACACUCUAGAAAUCACAUUUAUUGUCUAAUCCUCAUGAAACUUGCAUGGUCAGAACAUUUUUUCUAGUGACAUCUUUGAUGAGUUUGAAAUUGGUUCUUUUUUGUUGAAAAACAUGUCCGCUAGUUUAUCAGAUACAGAAGAAUGUUUGUAACCAGUUUUUAUGCCCCCGGUAGGGUGGCAUAUAGCAUUUGAAAUGUCUGUCUGUCCGUCCGAAAACUUUAACAUUGGCCAUAACUUUUGCAAUAUUGAAGAAAGCAACUUGAUAUUUGGCAUGCAUGUGUAUCUCAUGGAGCUGCACAUUUUUAGUUGUGAAAGGUCAAGGUCAUCCUAUAAGGUCAAAAGUAAAAAAAUACAAUCCAAAAGAAGUAAUAAGCUUUAAAAGGGAGAUAAUUUCUAAACCUGCCAAAUGAUAUAUUGAAAUUUUAUUUCAAAGCGUCGCAAUAGGGGGCAUUGUGUUUCUGACAAACGCAUCUCUUGUUACAUAUACAUGUUGACAGCACUGAUGCUUAAACAACAAGUCCAUCCGUUGCCUAAGAAACAGGAUAUUGUGUGGUUAUGUCAGAUGUACAUGUAACAUAUUGCUUUGAAAAAAAUUCUUUUACUUUGAUACAAAUGAGGUAAGGAAACUUGUUUAUUAUAACUUUCAAUCAUGUGUAACAAACAUAUCAUAACAGUGUUGUUUUUUACUUAAAUGCAUCAAAUCUGUAUUUGGGACUUGAGGAACUCUAAAACUUCAAGCAGUCUCUACUUACGUCUGUCAAGACCAAGCCAAUAAAACUGCAUGAUGUUUGGAACAAAAAUGAAGAAAAAUGGUACUUGACAUUUCCUAUGUAUUCUUGUAUUGUUCUUUUUUAUUGGAUUAACCAUGAGAAUUCUAUUCAGAAGGUAAUAAUGUAUAUAUAAGCAGACAUUGUGGCCAGUAAUACAUUGACAACAUUUCAAAGACUGUAAAUGCAAAAUGAUAGAGUAUAUGUAAAUAUAAAUGUUUAAUUAUUAUAUUGAUAUUUAUCAAAAUAAUAAAUAUACCUGUAAAAAGUUUAUCAACAUGUUUAGUUUACAAAUCUGUGAAACUAGCAUAACAUGCAUGUUAGGGUGCUCCCAAAAAUAUCUGUCCAUUACAUUAUGCUUUAAAGUUUUUAGUUCAAGCUGCCUUGAAUAUAUAGGCAUAUGCUGAUAGAAGCCAUCACCAGAUAUUGCAUAUUGUUAUGUUGUGAAAACACUAGUACUUCACCAGUCAUCUUCUAGUGCAUUUUGAAAAUUAAAUUGGUAAUAAUUCAUUUAAAGCGAUAUAAUUGCAUUUACGGUUAUAAUAAAUUAUUCUUUUUUACCGACUUUUGUGAAAAGCUUAAAAAGCAUUUAGCAAGUCCUAAAUGUUGUAAAUUAUUAGCCAAAAUUUGUUUACAGUUUUUCUGUAAUAGCAUCAUGUAAUAGAGGGUUGGAGAACAAUAUCCUGAUACUUACAUAUUUUCGUGAGCACUCUAAAUUGCAUGUUACAUGUCUUGUGUAAAUAUAUUAAUAUGGCUCAGUUUCCUGCAUUUCAAUUGUUACGUUUUAAUGACCACUUAAUGAUCAUUCAUUAAUGUCUGCUUUUUUAUUUCAACAUUUCGUUGUCCUUAAAUUUAUGCAAUUGUCCCUGAGAGAGCUUUUGAAUUACACUAUUUUUGUCACACGUUUUAUUGAAUGUAAUUAAGCAUUGGUCAUUCUUUUUCUACAAAGCAUCUGUGAAACUAUCAUCAGACUACAUGGCAGAUACCAAUCAGUCCCUCUGAGUUUAAUUGCCUUUGGUAAUUAGAUUCCCUUUCAUUUUAGAACAGUUUUGUAUUGUACAGAGCUUUGGUAGAGGAGUUGUGUUAAGCAAUGUUUUCGUUCAUUUUGUCCAUUAAUGCUUCUUUAACUACAUUUCAUACUAUUGUACGCAAAGUUUGGCCUAUUAUUUAAAGAAGUGUGUUAUUUUAUUAUAGUAUUUCAUGUGCUUACAAAAAUGAUUGCAGAUGUUUGGCUGAAGGAAAAAAAAACUUUUUUUUUAUGUCCCCCACCCACUAUAGUGGGGGACAUAUUGUUUUUGCCCUGUCUGUCUGUUGGUCUGUUUGCUCCAACUUUAACAUUUGCAAUAACUUUUUCAAUAUUCAAGAUAGCAACUUGAUAUUUGGUAUGCAUGUGUAUCUCAUGAAGCUGCACAUUUUGAGUGAUGAAAGGUCAAGGUCAUCCUUCAAGGUCAGAGGUCAAAUAUAUGUGGCCAAAAACGCUCAUUUUAUGAAUACUUUUGCAAUAUCGAAGAUAGCAACUUAAUAUUUGGCAUGCAUGUGUAUCUCAUGGAGCCGCACAUUUUGAGUGGUGAAAGGUCAAGGUCAUCCUUCAAGGUCAAAGGUAAAAAAAAACUAAAAUAACAAAGCGGCGCAGAAGGGGACAUAGUGUUUCUGACAAACACAUGCCACAAAUUUUGAGUGGAGAAAGGUCAAGGUCAUCAUUCAAGGUCAAAGGUCAAAAAAAAAAAUCAAAGCGGCGCAGAAGGGGACUUAGUGUUUCUGACAAACACAUUUCUUGUUGUUUUUAGCUAUUCAAUCAAAAAUGCAACAAGUGGUCCCAUUUCUUUGUAGGGCAUUGACAAUUAUAGUUUAUUGUAUUAUCACUGCAUAAAAAAUAAUGAACAGAGGAUAAUAGAAUCCAAGUUAUGUUUACUAUUGCAAUUUCAUCCUGCAUAGCAAUUGACUUUUUGUAUGUAUUUUGGAUAUGUGGCUAUAACACUACUCGGAUAAACCCCCAUGGUUUUAAUGGUGUAAUUUUUAGCUAGACUAUUAUAUAUGAAAUAUAUAUAGUGGAGCUAUCCUACUCACCCGGCAUCGCCGUUAGCGUGAGCGUGCAAAUGUUAAAGUUUGCGUACCACCCCAAAUAUUUCCUAUAUACCUUGACAUUUUGCUUUCAUAUUUUGUAUACUUCUUUACCAACAUGACCCCAACCUAUAAACAAGAGCAGACAACUGUAUUUAGCAUUUUGUAAGAAUUAUGGCCCCUUUUCCACUUAGAAUAUGCAUAUUUUUGAUAACUGUAUGUUAAAGUUUGCGUACCACCUCAAAUAUGUCCCUUGACAUAUUGCUUUUAUAUUUUGCAUACUUCUUUACCAACAUGACCCCAACCUAUAAAAAAGAGCAGACAACGGAAUCAUGCAUUUUGUAAGAAUUAUGGCCCUUUUUUCACUUAGAUUUUCUAUGUUAAAGUUUGCGUACCACCUCAAAUAUUUUCUAUGUCCCUUGACAUAUUGCUUUUAUAUUUUGCAUACUUCUUAACCAACAUGACCCCAACCUUUAAACAACAGCAGACAACUGUAUCAAGCAUUUUGUAGGAAUUAUGGCCUUUUUUUGUCUUUGUAACUUUGACUAUUUUGUUAAAUUUUGUGUUUAGAUCCACUUUACUUCUUAAGUAUUAAGGCUAUUGCUUUCAAACUUCAAAUACUUUCUUACUAUCAUGAUGACCUUUGAAUGACCUUGACUCUCAAGGUCAAAUUAAUAAAUUUUGCUUAAAUUGCCACAACUUCUUUAUUUAAGAUCAGGUUUGAAUCAUACUUUGACAAAACAACACUAACCUGACAUACCACAAUGGACUCCACCCAAACUAUCCACCACGCCCCACCCUAGAAUCCCCCCCAAAAAAACAACAACAAAAAAAAAAUUCUUUCUUUUCCUUUUUCUGAAAGAUCAUCUAUUAAAUGACCACCCACCCACAUUAUAACCCCCUCUCCAUGAUGGCUUACGUUAUACUGUCAAGCACUCGAAUAGUCGAGCGCGCUGUCCUCUGACAGCUCUUGUUAUCCUCCAAAUCAGAAAUAAAAAAUUAGUUAUUUUGUUUAUCAAUAAUAAAAUUGAUUAUUGAAAAAUAAUGGUUUAUAUAAAUCUAUUUCUUACCUAUACUAUGAUAAGCUAUAAUUUAUGUUAUAACUGCAUAAAUUAUUAAUAAAUAUGUGUAUGUUUUAAUAUUCCUAUAGAAUGUAAACAUAUUAUGUAAGAUUUAUAAAAAGCACCUCAUAUUUUAGUUAUACAAUUUGAAAGAAAUGGUUAACCCACUAUUUUUAUAAUAUGCAUUUACCUUGAGUGUAAUAUAUCAGAUAUUACUUGAGUAUCAAAUUAACAAGUAUGAACAUUACAUUCAGAACUUAACAUUUUUACAAUUUAUUUCUAAUACUGUAGUUUCUUAUAAAGUCAUUUAUGGCAUUUUAUAUUAAACAACAUAAUUUAUAGUAUAUUAUGCUUAUUAAUUCUCUCUUCUCUGUAAAUGUACACCUAUCAUUUCAAUUUGGAAAAAAAAUCAUGUGUAUUUUGCAACGAAGUGCCUCAUGCCCCAGUCAGUGUAUACUUUGAAUGAUUUGCAUUUGUUAAUUAUGCUCCCCCAAAAUUUAUUUUGGGGGGAGCAUAUAGUCGCCGCUUCGUGUGUCCGUGCGUGUGUGUGUCGGUCUGUCUGUCCGUGCACAAUUUUUGUCCGGGCUAUUUCUCAGCAACUAAUGACCGGAAUUCAAUUAAACUUUAUGGGAAGCUUCACUACCAAGAGGAGAUGUGCAUAUUAUCAGCGGGUUCUGGUCGGAUGAUUUUUCACAGAGUUAUGGCCCUUUGAAAUUUCUAUAAAAAAAAAUUUGUCCCCCCAACUACUGUGCCCUCGAGACGUUUCCUUUUAUCUGAAUAUAUAGUGCAAUAUUGUGACAAAAAAAAACUUUGGGGAGCAUCACCCAUCUCCGACAGUUUCUUGUUUUGGGAUUGUUAUAAAAAUACUUCAAAUACUAAUUUACAGUUAUUUGUUUGAAGAGUUACAUUAUUGUACCUCUUAAGGAUCCUAUAUGUAUUAUUUGUUCAGCCUUAUAACCGUACAUUAAAAAAGGGCAUUUUAACUGUAUUUUUAAUAACUUAUGUGUACAUAAGUAAAUCUUUAACCCUUUCAGUGCGGGAACCGAAUUUUGAAGGCCUUUGCAAACAGUUUGGAUCCAGAUGAGACGCCACAGAACGUGGCGUCUCAUCAGGAUCCAAACUGUUUGCUAUUCUGAUAAUAUUCUUUGAAAAAAAUCGAAGAAAAUGCUAAUUAUAGAAAUUCAGCAGAACGACAUUUUAGCAGACGACAAAUUUCCCAGCAUGCAAAGGGUUAAUAGAGGUUGCAACGGUCUAACAGAUAUGAUGUCCAAUUCAGCAACCAGAGAUCACAUGUUAGAUCCCCAUUUUGUGAGCGUUUGUUAGUUCUCCUCCAAACACACCAAUUAUUGGUUCAAUUCAACAAAUGGACUGGGGAGAAUACCAAUUAGCUUUGGAUGCAAUUGAACUUGCCAACGUUUCCAGAGUCAUAACUCUGUAAGAUAUCUCAUGAAUUUUUCACACUGUGUCGCAAAAGAAGUUGUGCCUUCUAUUUGAGAUUUUAUUUAAAUAUUUUAAGUUUCAUAGCAUGUGUACGAAAUUAUUAUUUAACUUUACCUCAUUUUAUAUUUAUUAUCUGUUUUCUAAUGUCCUAAAGUAUUUGUCAGGUGUGAUUGUUUUUGAUGAGUAUAAAAAUUACAAUUAACAUAUUUUAUAAUUUUUAAAGGCAUUUGCUUUAUAUGGCAUGAUUGUUUUAACUGGAUGAAACUACAUGCAACUCAAAAGUAGACAUAGGUUAAUUCUCCAUUUGUAAACGCAACUUGUAUAAUGACAUUGUCCAAAUGUUGGUAUUUAUUUAAGUGUUGUGUUUAACUUUGUUUUAUUCAAAUGAAAUAUUCUAAACAUUAAAUGAACUGUUUAACAAUUAAGCCAUAUAGUUUUAAAUCGUCUCAUUUCUUUUCUGGUUUUGCUUAAGAAAGUAUUAAAUGUAACACUGUAUCAGUGGGCUUCUGCGUUCGACCAGUUGAUGGCUGAAAUGCGGACAUAAUCUUAUUGGGUCUCCAUCCGUCUAAUUCAUUUAUUUAUGUAUAAUAUUAUUAUAUAUUUGUAAGCCAUGACAAUUCUCCGUGUCCACUUUUGUUUAUUGAACCAUUCGUACAUUUCACCAAAAUUGAUUCAUGUGUUAGUUUUUUUACAUAUGAUCCAAAACGGAUCAUUAUUAGAAAUUGUUAUAGAAUCUGAACAAUGACAGCAAACUGGCGCAUCUUGAAAUUGUUUCAAUAUAAGAUGUAGCUUCUAGUAUUUUGUGAAUAUGUUAUUAUCUGAGUUUGUACUAAUUAUAUGACUGCCAUGCAGUUGUCAACGUAAUUUUUACCAGCAGGUUGUCAGACUUUGUUAACACCACUCCUUGGCUUUGGGUUCUUUAUAAACAGUUUUUGAAAUAAGUCAUUUGUCUGAUUGUUUCUAUUAUCUCGUCUCCCCAUCUACUACUUAUUAACCGAGUCUUCGUUAUGCUUUAACACUGUUCAGUAUACCGCCACCUAUGAAAUAUGGCUUUCAUAUUGAUCCACUCUGUUCACAUUCUCGUUUACUUACAAGGGUAUUUAUUGUGUCGUAUCAAACUUGUACAUUUGGGGUUUACGCCAACGCUAUGCCCUACUCAGUGUAUCUGUGAAUUAUUAUGGCUACAUAUCAGUUACCCGUAUUUGGCAUUAUACCAUGUAUUCUUGUAUAACCCCUAGUCAGUAUAGAUUUUAAUCGCAAUUAAAAAUUAUGGCAC